AGUACCACAGGGUUCCAUUUUGGGGCCCCUUCUCUUUGUAUUGUUCAUAAACGACCUUCCUGAGGUGCUCAAUUGCUCGACGUUAAUGUAUGCAGAUGAUGUCAAGCUUUUUGCUUCUAUCUCAUGUGUUGAUGAUUGUGUUACAUUACAAAGGAAUUUGGAGCGUUUACAUGAGUGGUGUCGCACCAAUAAACUUAAUCUAAAUAUAGGCAAAUGUAGAACUAUGUCGUUCUCUAGAAAGAAGCAUCCUAUAAAUUAUCAAUACAGCAUUGCUACGCAAACUUUAAUACGUUGUAAUGAAUUCAAGGACCUGGGAGUCAUAUUUGAUGACAAAUUAUCUUUUAAUAAACAUAUAUGUGAACUGGUUUCAUCAGCAAACAGAACGUUGGGUUUCAUUAUGAGAUGUAGUAAACAAUUUACUAAUAUUUAUACACUAAAACAUUUAUUCUGUAGGCUUGUUCGAUCUCGUGUUGAAUACUGUGCCUUAAUCUGGUCACCUUACUAUGUUCUAUACAAAGAAGGCUGCAGCAUUAAAAGAGAAAAAACAUGACAUAGAAGAUGGUAGCAUAUUACCCAGUACUGAAAACGAAUGUUACAUUACCGAUCAAUGUAAUGAUUGCUCUAUUGACGAUUCUUUUGCUAUACCUAUUGUAUCAGAAAUUAUGGACACUAGCAAUACAUUGUCCUCAAAGGAAGAAAUGGAAACCAAAUACUUUUCCUAUGCUUCCUCAAUAAACGACAGCGAUGUAGAAGAAAAUGAAAUGAACGCUGAUUUGGGUUUAUCUGGUCGGCGAAUUGUAGAUUUACAUCAUUUAUUCAAUUCUCUAAAAUCUUUAAAACAAAACGGCUUUGGAUGUUCUUUUUAUGACUUGGAAAUUACAGGAGAGAAAUUGGAGGGAUUAGAAAGCACACUGACGUUCAAGUGCAACAUGUGUGGAAAAUUAGAUACCAUCAAGACAAACGGUGGCAAAUCAUCUUUUGGUUCUGCUACUCGUAGUGCUGUUAUCGGUUGUUUGACGGUUGGAAUUGGGUACAGUCAAUUUUCUGAACUGCUUGCGGCAAUGGAUAUGGACUGUUACACCACAGCAGUGAUCUGAUAUACACCAAUUUGGUGUAAUUAAGUACAUUCUAAUCUUUUCCGUACGGCAUUUCUUGCUUAAAAUUACCUAAGUAAUUAUCGCACAUUUCCAUAACAUAAUUACAUCUUUAUGUCCAUUCAAGAUGCAAAAUUGUCAACACAAAACCAUGCACUUAAUCACAGAUAGAAGUGCCUUCACUUUAACCUAUUAUGUAUGCAAAUUAGUUUAUGACCUCUAUUGUCCCUAAGACAUGCCUAGGGUUUUACCUGAAGUUGAGAGAGACUAUUUCGAUUAAUAGGAAAUCUAAGCGACUUUCGCCCUUACAAGCAAUAAUAAAAUAUUGGUUUUUGACACUUUUUUGAUAGUAAAUUUGAAUUCUAACAAUUUCUCAAAUGCUAUAAAAUUCCUUAAAAAAAUAUUGUACGCUCCUAUGUUUAUUACAAAAUUGUAUCAUUGUUCGUUAUUAUGCAGUGUGGACUGCUAUUAUUUCAAUAAAAAAAUUCACAGAGGCGUUAUUAUUAAUUGUAUUAAACCGUAUAAAACAUAGGAGCGUACAACUCUAACCGCAGAUUACGUUGACGUAUCACAACUUUUUUCACAUUGCAUAAUUAAGAAAAAAUGUGUCAAAAACCUUAACAUUGCUCUUAUGGAAGUAUGGUGUGUUGCAAACUUGCGACUAGA